GGGGCCUUUGUCCUUCAGUGGCUGGGAGGCAGCUGAGGUGCGGGUUGCGCGGCUCCUGGCGGGGCUGAGAGUGGAGCCCGGAGGGGACUGGCGAGCGAUCCCGGCGGGAGGGGCGGACUGCGCGGUGGCGGCGGGCGCUGGAGGAGCCUGCGAGGGAGUCCCGAGCCGGCGCCCGCGCGCCCUAGGGUGCAAGAGCUGCCCCGCCGCUCUGUCUCUGUGGGGGACCUGCAGUUGCAAUAUGACUUUGGAGGAAUUCUCUGCUGGAGAGCCAAAGACCGAAAGGAUGGAUAAUGUGGGGGAUGCCCUGGAGGAAGUGCUGAGCAAAGCCCUGAGUCAGCGCACCAUCACGGUCGGGGUGUACGAGGCGGCCAAGCUGCUUAACGUCGACCCGGACAACGUGGUGCUUUGCCUGCUGGCCGCCGACGAGGACGACGACAGGGACGUGGCCCUGCAGAUCCACUUCACCCUCAUCCAGGCGUUCUGCUGCGAGAACGACAUCAACAUCCUGCGCGUCAGCAACCCGGGCCGCCUGGCCAAGCUCCUGCUGCUGGAGACGGACGCCAGCCCGGGGGCCAGCGAGGGCGCCGAGCAGCCUCCGGACCUGCACUGCGUGCUCGUGACGAACAUGUCUGAGCACGCUGGAGGCUGCCAGCAGCGGAAGGGAUCCUUAAUCCACAUUCAUCACAGUGGAAGGAUCCCGCCUUAAGUCAACUCAUUUGCUUCUGCCGGGAAAGUCGCUACAUGGAUCAGUGGGUUCCAGUAAUUAAUCUUCCUGAACGGUGAUGGCAUCUGAAUGAAAAUAACUGAACCAAAUUGCACUGGAGUUUUGAAAUACCUUUGUAGUUACUCAAGCAAUUACUCCCCACACUGAUGCAAGGAUUACAGAAACUGAUGUCAAGGGGCUGAGUUCAACUACAUGCUCUGGGGGCCCAGAGUUAGAUGACUUUGCAGAUGGAAAGAGGUGAAAAUGAAGAAGGAAACUGUGUUGAAACAGAAAUACAAGUCAAAAGGAACAAAAAUUACAAAGAACCACGCAGGAAGGAACGCAAACUAUGUAUUAAUUUAGGAUGGCCGAGUUACAUUUAAUUAAACCAAAUAUGCUUUGUUAAAGUUUAAAUGUGCAGCAGUUGUUUGGGUAUUUGGGGUUUUACAUGCCCGCACGUAAAAGAAAAGCAGAAAGGGUUAAUCAUAUUUUAAAAACCAUAUUUUAUUGUAUUUUGAUGAGAUGUUAAAUUCUCAAAGUUUUAUUAUAAAUUGUACUAAGUUAUUUUGACAUGAAAGGUUAUUUAUACUAUAAAAGUUUUGAAACAAUGCCUAUAAUAAACUGGUAUGGAAUAAUUGCAUUA